AAUGUUUCACACACUUAGCCAAAGAUCACACUAGAUAGUACAAUUUCUCAUUUUCCAAAAAUUUGAUCACUUUGUAGUUGAGCACCAUAAAGAGUGUUGAAUUUGAUCAUUACAAAGUGUUUUUUUUUUGUUUGUUAAAAGAUCUCAAUUCGAAGAGCAGAUUCUGUGUUUUGAAACAUGGGAAGGGACAUGAAAUAUGAGCGUGUUCUUAGAUAUUUUGAUGAAGACGGCGACGGGAAGGUUUCGCCGUCGGAGCUAAAGCAGAGGGUAAGCAAGAUGGGAGGAGAGAUAUUGUUGAAGGAAGUGGAAAUGGUGAUUGAGGAGUUGGAUUCGGACGGCGAUGGAUUGCUGAGUAUGGAGGACUUUGUUGCUUUGAUGGAAGGUGGUGGAGAAGAAGAGAAGAUCAAGGACUUGAAGAAAGCAUUUGAGAUGUAUGAUACUGAAGGGUGUGGAUUCAUAACACCUAAAAGCUUGAGGAAGAUGUUCAAGAAAAUGGGUGAGAAAAAGUCCAUUGAUGAAUGCAAGGUUAUGAUUAAUCAGUUUGAUUUGAAUGGAGAUGGUGUGCUUAGCUUUGAAGAAUUCAGAAUAAUGAUGCAGUGAUGAAUGAUGAUUCUGCCUGUUUUUUUUUUUCUUCUGUAUAUUGAUUCCAUUGAUUUAUUUGUACAUAAUGCAACUCCUGUCAUGCUUUCUCAUAAAAAAUAAUGUUAAGGGAUUCAUGUAUAUUUGAGAGAGUAUAUACAAUCAUUUUGUUAAGGCUAAAGAUGUAACGUUUUUGUUUAUGCUAUUUCCUCCAAGUUUUAAGUUCA